GUUUAUUUUCAUAAAACCCUUAUCUCCAAAGUAAUGACCUAGUGGGAAAGUGACAAAUAGAAGAGAUAACUUCAUACAUGUAUAUCAAUAUGGCUAACGUUCAUGACAUAUUGCAGAUUGUGAUAGUAUGUUAUGUGAGUUACGUGGUGAGCGGAGCACAUACUACACAUGGGGAACAUACAGAAACAGACAGCAUGCGGUUCGGCUAUGAUCCGGUUUUGCACCAUCUUGUUGCUAUAACUACCGGAACGUGUUUUAUUGUACCACUUACUCACGAUGAACGAGAUCACAUCAAAAGCACAUCAGGGCUCGAAGAAAUGGAGGUGAAAAUGAUGCGAGAAUGGAUUGGACAGCUCCCGGAAGUCAGAGUUUAUCACGACGAUACCCACUUGCCAGCGGAUACCAAGAGGUGGUGCGCAACACGAGAUAUAUUUCUUCUGGAGAGAGAUGUUAAAGCAAUGACGUCACCAAAGUCCCCAUUGGUAUCCGUUUCUCCAUGAUUUUCGACGAAUUUUUGUUAACUGAUUAAAAGAGAAAUAAAGUUAUCAAAGAG